AUGAGCCUCGCAACCAAGGCCAAGGGCCGUGGAACAGGGGGUGCCCGCAGCCAGAACCUAUUCCAGCUACCGUCACGCAACGAGUACCUUGUCAAGGACGACGACAUCCCCGUGGAUGAGUUGCAAAACCUCCUCAAAAGAGAAGGCGGUCUCUACGAGCACCAUAAAACCAAAAAGUAG